AUCCGCAGUUUUCACAGAACUAUAUGCCAUAUGGUGUGUUUCUACACAGUUAUCACAGUCAGACGUCAGCUACGUAGGAUCCGUGGCAUCACAUUCGUAAAUACCAUAUUUUAAGUUUUGUUCCCGGGGGCCGGGUGGGGUUCCCUUGUAAAUAGUUAAUAUUUGCGCCCAAUAACAGUUGGGCGGGCUUUUAGGCAUUUUGGACUGGACAUUUUUGCUUAACCUGGCAACACUGACUAGCGCCAGUGGAAAAAAGAAACAAGAUGGCAACUGGGUCGGAACACGGGCUAAAGGGACUAGUUUGGCAAAGAAUAAAGGAGACAAUAAUUGCCGAUUGCAAGAAGUCUGAAAUAUGGAAGAUUUUGAUUUUGGACCACUUCACCACCAAGCUUCUGUCAUCAUGCUGCAAUAUGUCGGACCUGAUGAAGGAAGGAAUAACCAUUGUGGAGGACCUCUACAAAAGCAGAGAGCCUGUUCCAGAAAUGAAGGCCAUCUACUUCAUGACACCAACAGCAAAGUGUGUGGAUGCCUUCAUUUGUGACUUCAAGCUGAAACCCAAGUACAAAGCAGCAUACGUUUAUUUCACUGACUAUUGUUCAGAUGAGUUGUUCAACAAGAUGAAGCAGUCCUGUGCCAAAUAUAUUCGCAUCUGUAAGGAAAUCAACAUCUCCUUUUUGCCUCAGGAGUCACAAGUGUUCACAUGUGAUAAUCCUGGGGCUUUCCGCAGUAUCUACAGCCCUCACUGUAGACAAGACAAAGGGAAGACACUAGAGACUCUGGCAGCCCAGAUCGUCACACUCUGUGCCACGCUGGAUGAAUACCCAGGGAUCAGAUACAAGAAAGAGACCGUAUUCGAUGACACCACUCUGGAUAAUGCCAAGCAGCUAGCAGCGCUGGUUGAUAGCAAACUGGCCCAGCACUACGAAAUGGACGACAAUGGCAAAAAAAAGGGAAAGACCCAAGCCCAGCUGCUCAUAGUAGAGAGGGGCUUUGACCCUGUGACCCCAAUCCUACAUGAGCUGACCUACCAGGCCAUGGCUUAUGACUUGGUCCAAAUCAAGAACGACACUUACAAAUACAAGUCUAAAGAUGGUUCUGAGAAGGAAGCCCUGCUUAAUGAGAAUGACGAGCUGUGGGUCAAACUGAGACACAUGCACAUUGCUGAGGUAUCGGAACAAAUUCCUAAGCUGGUGAAGGAAAUAUCUGCCACCAAAAAGCAGCCGGAUAGUAAAAUCACUAUAAGCGGCUUAGCCCAGCUGAUGAAGAAGAUGCCUCACAUCCGGAAGCAGGUAGCUCAGAAAACCGUCCAUCUGAAUUUGACUGAAGACUGUAUGGGCCACUUCCAGAAAAAUGUGGAGAAACUCUGCAAGGCUGAACAGGACCUGGCGGUAGGGUCAGACGUGGAAGGUCAGAAGGUGAAGGACCCAAUGAGGACGCUGCUCCCUGUUCUGCUCCACCCUCACAACACCUACGACAAGAUCAGAGCUGUCCUGCUCUACAUCUUUAGCAUCAAUGGAACAACGGAGGAAAACCUGAACAAACUCAUCCAGCACGUUAAGAUUGAGGAGGACCGGGAGUUCAUUCUAAACUGGAAAGAACUGGGAGUACCCAUCAUAUCUUCAUCGAGCUUGUUUUCACAGCGUAGGUCAACUCGUAGGGACCGCUCUCAGGAGGAGACAUACAACCUGUCUCGAUGGACACCCGUCAUCAAAGACAUCAUGGAGGAUGCUGUGGAGAACAAGCUGGACACCAGGGAAUGGCCACACCAGUCAGAGAGCCCAGCUGCUUGGAACGGCUCCGGGGCUGUCAGCGCCCGUCAGAAACACAAGGCUAGUUCUCAGGACGAGCGGAGGAGCGGCUCCCGGCUCAUUGUAUUCGUCCUCGGAGGGAUCAGCUACUCGGAGAUGCGCUGUGCCUACCAGGUCACACAGUCCGUCAAGUCCUGUGAGGUCAUCGUAGGAUCAUCCCACAUUGUGACCCCCGUCGAACUCCUGGAUGAUAUUCAGGCCCUGAGCAAACCAUCCCCGACCAAGGAGACCUUUACAGUAUUGAAGGAGUGAUCCAACCCUGUACCCUUCCCCCAUUCUCAAACCAACCCCUCUCCCUGAAACCCUGUACCCUUCCCCCAUUCUCAAACCAACCCCUCUCCCUGAAACCCUGUAUCCUUCCCCCAUUCUCAAACCAACCCCUCUCCCUGAAACCCUGUACCCUUCCCCCAUUCUCAAACCAACCCCUCUCCCUGAAACCCUGUACCCUUCCCCCAUUCUCAAACCAACCCCUCUCCCUGAAACCCUGUACCCUUCCCCCAUUCUCAAACCAACCCCUCUCCCUGAAACCCUGUACCCUUCCCCCAUUCUCAAACCAACCCCUCUCCCUGAAACCCUGUACCCUUCCCCCAUUCUCAAACCAACCCCUCUCCCUGAAACCCUGUGCCCAUUCCCCCAUUCUAACACCCCCCCCUUUCCCCUUUCCCCAUUACUCUAUACUCCUUCCCUCAAUCGAACACCAAAACCUACUCCCUGUACCCCUUUCCCUCCACCCUCCCCAAAUUUCUGAGCACAGACCAGUCAGUUUCCUCAAAGACUGAAUGGAAUUUGUAUCCUAGUGUGUAGUUAUUUGCUAUGUGUAUUAUUAAUACUUCAGUCCUGGUGCAUACUUGGACCAUAACCAUUGUGCCCUAAACUAAAGUGCUGUUAUUAACUUUUUGUCAUCUACCUGUGUGUAGCCUCCUAUUCCCUAUAACGUGCACUACUUCUGAUCAUCAGGGCCCAUAGGGAAAUAGGGUGCCAAUUUGAGAUGCUCAUUUUUUUUUGUCUUCCCUAAAAGCACUCGUGAUGUUCCAUGAUCCAAAGCCACUCGUGAUGUUCCAUGAUCUUUUGAGUCAUUUGGAUGGAAUACACUGUGGAAAUGCUGAGCUAAUGUACAUAUAAUGUAAGCUCUGUCUGUCUGCUGCUAGCUUAAACAUCUCUCUACCCUUUGUCACUUUUUACAUCUUCUCACAUUGUCAAUAGUGUUUUUAACAUAGAUUUACGUUCUCUUGUAUUGAACAACUAAUAAAAGGAUGACAUGGUUGAAUAGUUA